AUGGUUCCAGCUUGUUCCUCGUCUCGGUGGGGCUCCACUUUGUGGACUCUCUCUGUCUGGAUUUUCGUGUCCCUCGCACCCGUCUCGCGCAGUGUCGGCCCGGUCACAGUUCCGACUCUGGUGGAGGCGUUUCGUGCGUUUGCCCCGUCCUCCUCCUCGCUCGUUUCGAAUAUCUCCCACGCCACCGAACCUCGCUCGACAGCGCGUUCUUCUGGUUCGCCGCAGGCAACCGUUGUGCGCAUGACGAGGUGUAUAAAUUCCUCCCCCGCGCGCGGCCGCGGCCGUUUGCAGAAUCGCGUGCUCGAUAGCUCAGAGUCGUCCCUGUGGGCUGCUCGCCGAGGCUUCGUUGGUGGAAACUGGAAGUGCAACGGCACAACAGAGAAGACCGCAGAAAUUGUCGACAUGCUGAAUUCAUCCGCAGUCUCCCUUCACCAAGUAGAAGUGGUUGUCGCGCCUCCCAGCCUUUUCAUUUCGCAAGUCCAAGAAACUCUGAAAAACCCUGGGGUGCAAGUCGCCGCUCAGGAUUCUUCCACGCAACAAGGUUAUGGCGCCUUCACCGGAGAGUUGUCGCCGAAGAUGAUCAAGGAGAAAAACGUUCCGUGGGUGGUGCUCGGCCACAGCGAGCGCCGCGCAGGCUUUGGCGGCCAGCCGGGGGAGUCAAACGAGGUUGUGGCGAGGAAGGUUCGAGCUGCGCUGGACGAAGGCCUCAAAGUCAUUCUGUGUGUGGGCGAGACGCUAGAGCAGCGUGAGAGCGGCGCGACGCAGAAUGUUCUGAGCGAGCAGCUCGAGGCCGUGCGAAAGGUGAUGCCGAACGACACGGAGUGGCAGUCAAUCGUCAUCGCCUAUGAGCCCGUGUGGGCCAUCGGGACCGGCAAGACCGCCACCCCGGCCUUGGCGCAAGACACGCAUCGGGAUAUUCGUCGCUGGCUAGCUAGAUCGGUGUCUCCGGAGGUGGCUGAGAAGGUCCGCCUGAUCUACGGCGGAUCUGUCAAGGGAGGCAACGCCAAGGAGCUCUUUGCUGGAGAGGACGUCGACGGCUUCCUUGUCGGCGGCGCGUCUCUGACCGGCGAUUUCAGCACUAUCAUCGACGCUGCGAAAACAGACCUUUGA